AUCUAAAAAGGUCAAAUAAAAACCAAAAGAUGAAUGCCACAAAGUUUGCUGUCCUUCUCGUAAUUGGCGUUUUAUGUGUCAAUAUCAGCGCAAGGGUUGUGUCAAAAGAGUCCAAACUAGGCACCUCUGUCUCAAAAACUGCUAUCAAAGGCAUUGGAGCUGAGCUUGAUGUCGAUGCCGGAACUGCAAGCUACUCUACGAGCAAUGGCUAUGUUAGUGUUAAGGAUACUCAAGACGCUGAUGAACUCUUGAUGCAUGAGGUUGUCUACUUGAACGAGAAGAACUGCAUACCAAGCAAGUACGAGACAAACACCGGAGAAGAAAACAUUUGGUAUCUAGAUAAUGGAGCUAGUAACCACAUGACAGGCGAUCGAAGAUAUUUCACAAAGAUUGACGAGUCAUCCCAGAUUUGUGGUCUAUGGUUUGAGGGGGAGUAUUGGAAUACAAACCAAUAUCCCACAUCGAAAGAUUAGAAAUA